ACGAAAACUUCCACGAGUAAUACAUUCUCAAAACGGGAUUUUUCCCACUAGUAUAUUAGUUAAAAAGAACCGAGGAGGCAUCAUGGCACGACCGAACCGGAACAACAACGGCAACUGUCGUGCAGCUUACGAACGCAUUUCUUCCGAUGGGAAUGAAGAGCUGGAAGCUGUGUUAGAAGGUGGGGAAUCAUCAUCGACUUCUUCAUUACGUCGUGUUAAUCGAAUAGAGCAAUACAGUCGAAUAUCUAUUGGCCAGGAAGGUGGUGAUGAUGAAGAAGCGCAGCAGUUGCAGCAAGGUUACAAUGACAUUUCCGAGACGGAAGAACAAAUAGAGUUUAACUCUGCGAAAGGGUCAACGAAUGACGAAGACGAAGAGACUGAUGGUGUUCGUAUUAAUGUUGUUAUUUUGGAUUACACUCAAAAGAAAUUCAAUGUGGCCGUUUCGUCGUCGACGACGGUGGCGGUGCUGAAACAAAAUGGAGCGAUUGUACACAAGGUACCAGCCUCUCGUCAGCGUUUAAUAUUUCGUGGCCAGCUGUUGGCAGACACAACAUUAUUGGCAAAUGCGGGAAUUAAGGAAGACGGUGUCAUCGUUCAUUUGUUUCCUAAACCACGGGUCGUUAUUCAGGAUUCGAAUGCCGCGUCAGGCGGCAAUGCAUUGAACAGCGACGCCAACGCUGAAAACUCAUCACAAACUGAAGAUGCAGAUGCUGCUCAUGUCCCGACAAUUUUUCUCGAGACAACGGAAGCCGAGCGUCGAUCACAAAUUUUGGUUCUUGGUUCAGUUGAAUUUAUCGAAACCCAAAACAAUGUGAAGUUGUUUUCUUUUAUGCUUUUGAUCAUAUCUUGUAUCGAGCUUUUGAACCUUUUAGCCAUUGCUUUGGGGGUUCCUCAAGACCAGGACGAAGCCAGCUACCCUGUCGGUGAAGAAGACGAUAUUCUUGGACCGUUGCCGCCUUCUCUUGAAACGAAUGAUGCCUGGUCACAGCCAAGCAGUAAUUCCAGCGAUACUGGCAGCGAUACAAAUACUGCCGGCGUUACCUAUACUGACUGGAGCGGCGCCAACUGGGUUGACCUGGCCGUUUCGGUUUUAGGCGUAUACGUUGCAAUGUUGGGAUUGCGUGCUUCGAACGAAAACACUUUGCGUCUGGCGAAGCGUUACUUGUACGGGACGGUUUUGGCAGGCGUCGGCUGGAUGGCGCUAAACUAUUUCAUGACGUACGAUAAGGACAAACAAUAUGCGGCAGAAAGGGCAUCACAUCAUACUGACACGGACUUUGUUCCCAUCGAAUCCACUCGUGAAUUACUGGAAGCGGCUUUGUCUGUCAUGGUACUGCCGGGAAUGGUUUGGAUGCUUUGUGUGUACAGGGCAUGGCAAUUUCAUCGUCUGCUACAGGAGGCUGAGCAGGAGGCGGAAGAGCGCAUUCGCAACGAGUUGGACUCAUCUUCUAGGGGAAGAAAGUGAAGGCGGAAGAAACGCUACAUUAGGUAUGACUGAUAAUCCUGGACACGAUGAGGAGUUGGCCUUGCAACACGAGAGUGCCACCUUAACUUAGCACUAAUCUGAAUAGUACUUGUUAUACA